AUGGCUACCAAACUGAGACUUACGCCGACGCAACGAUUCUCCAACUUUUUUAAGGUUGUCAAAAUAUUUGCCAUGGUUUGUGGGGCCAAUAUUUUCAGAGCGGAUUAUCGAUUCAAUCCUUUCACUGGGUUCGUUGUUGGAGUUAUUUUGACGUUUUUCGGUUUUACCUGGUAUUCGAUGUAUGUGGGCGUGGUCAUUGAUAAUGAUUUUACAACAAUUCUACAAUCGUUAUGUUACACCGGGGCGGCAAUACAGGGUGCCACCAAGCUCGUGGUCAGUCUUUGCCAAACUUACACGUUACAUGUGUUCGGAACUUUUGAACAUUUACGAGGGAUACGAGUGCAAAAACGAACAUUUUAUACAGCAUUUGCAAAACACUUUAUCAUCGGUCAAGCGAGCUGUGUUCAUUCUACUGGAGAUAUAUUCCAUACAAACGAUUGGUGUUCUGACGGUACCAUUGUUGUACUAUUUUCUUUGGGAUCAACAUAUCGAUCGAUUAUACCACUUCUUAUACCAGGAACUGAUAAAAAUUCUCAUUUUGGGUUCUAUAUCUAUCAAUUCUAUCAUAUUUGCUGCGUAUGCUUUGCCUCGUUUGGCAACUUUGCAAGUGAUAGUUAUAUGGUUAUACUUGUUGUUCACGUGCCGCUGUUUAAAAAUAUUCUCAAAUUAAAAUUUGAUCAUUUGAAUGAAAUACUGCAGGAAUAUCCCCGCGAUGCGGAGAGAACUGAACCAUUGUUGAAAGAAAUUUUCCAAUGGCAUCGAACGUCCAUUGCUUCGAAUGAUGAUCUCACUCGAAUCAUUUAUGAUUGUAAUUGGUACGAACUAACGGUGUCGGAACAAAAAAUGAUACUCAUCAUGCUAAGGAAGUCGCAGCAGGCACCGUCUAUGACCGUUGGCGGUUUUAUGCCGCUGAGCUUGAAUACGGCUUUGCAGUUGACAAAAUCUAUUUAUACCGCAGCCAUGAUUUUGAAUGAGUUUCUAAAUUGAAUAAUUUACAAUCU